AUGUCAACCUUUGAAGAUUUAGGAAUUGAUAAAUGGCUCGCUGAGUCAUUGAAUGCCAUGAAAAUUCACACUCCAACAGCUAUUCAAAAAGCGUGUAUACCCAAAAUCUUAAAUGGACAUGAUUGUAUUGGUGGUGCUAAAACAGGUUCUGGUAAAACUAUUGCUUUUGGUGCUCCUAUGAUCUCAAAAUGGUCUGCUGAUCCUAUGGGUAUCUUUGGACUAAUUUUGACACCAACAAGAGAAUUGGCUUUACAAAUCGCUGAACAAUUUGCAGCUUUGGGUGCAAAUAUGAACAUUAGAGUGGCCGUCAUUGUCGGUGGUGAAGAUAUGGUUAAACAAGCGAUCAAACUUCAGAAUAAACCACAUUUUAUUAUUGCUACACCAGGUAGGUUAGCUGAUCAUAUAUUGAACAGUGGUGAAGAUACAGUUGAAGGAUUGAGAAGAGUUCGCUAUUUAGUUCUUGAUGAAGCUGAUAGAUUGCUAAGUAACAGUUUUGGUGGUGAUUUAGAAAGAUGUUUCAGUAUAUUACCUCCUGCUGAUAAAAGACAAACCUUGUUAUUCACAGCUACUGUUACAGACGCAGUACGAGCAUUAAAGGAUAAACCAAGAGCAGAGAACAAACCUGAAUUGUUCAUCCAUGAAGUUGAUACAGUGGAUAAAGUUGCUAUUCCAUCAAAAUUAUCAACAGAGUAUAUCUUUAUUCCUUCAUAUGUUAAAGAAGCCUAUCUUUAUGGGGUAUUGUCUCAUGAAGAUAAUGAGAAAUCAACAGCUAUCGUGUUUGUUAAUCGUACACAUACAGCGGAAGUCUUGAGAAGGACUUUGCGUAAUUUGGAUAUCAGAGUUGCUUCACUACACUCUGAAAUGCCACAAACGGAAAGAACAAAUUCCCUUCAUAGAUUCAGAGCUGGUGCUGCUAGGGUUUUAAUAGCUACAGAUGUUGCUUCUCGUGGUUUAGAUAUCCCAAGUGUGCAACUUGUAUUGAAUUAUGAUAUUCCAGCAGAUCCAGAUGAUUUUGUUCAUAGAGUUGGUCGUACUGCUCGUGCUGGUAGAAGUGGUGAAAGUAUAAGUUUUGUUACAGAAAAGGAUGUUACAAGAAUUUUAGCCAUUGAAGAAAGAAUAAACAAAAAGAUGGACAAAUAUGAAAAGAUUAGUGAUAACAAGGUGAUCAAGAACACAUUACAAAAAACUAGUGUUGCUAAAAGAGAAGCUUUGAUGGAUAUGGAGAAGGAAGAAUUUGGUGAAAAGAGAAGAGCUAAUAAGCGUAAAGCUACUUCUGACGAACCAGCUAAAAAAUCAAAAAAGUCAAAGGGUAAAUCAAAGAAAUAA